CCAGAUGAGAACUUGUUCCCUCCUGUCCCGCCCCAGUCCGGGUUUCUGCCCUGCCCGGCGGGGUCCGUCCGAAGACGUUCUCCGUGGACGGAGCCGGACACGAAGCCCGACUUCGGUGCGGAGGAGCGCGCUCAGCCGCAGCUGCACACGAUGCUCCCCAGGGUCGCGCCUCGCUCCCGGUGCCUUUUUCUGCAGAGACCGUGGACGCGCCGGCCGGGAUUAUCGGCAGCGAGUCGUGGCAUCCAUGUGGACUCUCCGCCCAUCAUCCCAAGUCUCACCACCAGUUACGCCCAUGGCACGUCGUCCACCCCUUUGUUCCACACUACAGUAGGAGAGUCUCUGCUGAGGACUGCGGAGCGCUGGCCUGACAGAGAGGCGCUGGCCUUUCUCCAAGACGGAGUCCGCAAGACAUUUGCACAGUUGCAGCAGGAUGUGGACCAGGCUGCGGCUGGACUGCUGGCACUAGGACUGAAGAAGGGAGACAGGCUCGGCAUGUGGGGUCCCAACACGUACGAAUGGGUCCUGUUCCAGUUUGCGACAGCCAAAGCUGGCAUUAUAUUGGUUUCUGUGAACCCGGCGUUCCAGCUGCAGGAGGUGGAGUUCGCGCUGCGGAAGGUUGGCUGUAAAGCCGUGGUGUGCCCCACGGAGUUUAAGACGCAGAAGUACUGCGACAUGCUGCGACAGAUAUGUCCAGAGAUCGAGUCGUCCAGCCCGGGCGACAUCAGGAGUGCCAGGCUCCCAGAUCUCCGCUCUGUCAUUGUCCUGGACAGUCGACAACGAGGAAUGCUUCAUUUUGAGGACGUGAUGCAGGCUGGCAGCAGCCAGUACAUGCAGCAGCUCCAGGAUCUGCAGAAGAAGAUCUUGUUUGACGAUCCCAUAAACAUCCAGUUCACUUCGGGCACAACUGGGGUUCCAAAGGGGGCCACCUUGACUCAUCACAACAUCGUCAACAACGCCUACUUUGUUGGCAGAAGGGUGGGAUACACCUGGAGGCCCAACACUCGCAUCUGUCUGCCGGUGCCUCUGUACCACUGCUUUGGCUCUGUGGGUGGCGGGAUGUGUAUGGCCGUACACGGCGUCUCCCUGGUCUUCCCCUCCACUGGGUACGAUGGAAAGGCCAACAUCGCAGCGCUGGAGAGCGAAAGGUGCACCUUCAUCUACGGCACCCCCACCAUGUAUGUCGACAUGGUUAACCAGCCGGACCUGGCUAAAUACGACUUGUCUUCAUUGGAAGCAGGCAUCAUGGCCGGUUCCCCUUGUCCCCCAGAGCUUGUGAAGAAGCUCACCACUGUGAUGGGCAUCAAGGGAAUAACCCCACUGAAGGCGGUGCUGUCUCUGACUUGCUUGCCUUUCUGCGGAGGCGGAGAAGCGCACACUGCGUCUGGACGAUUGCGGGUAGAGUCCAUCCACCUGGGGGUAGAAAACCAAAAGAUAAGGUGCAGGGUGUUUGCGAUGGCUACUCGGUCUCUCCAAGCGUCACUGUAUUUUGCGGCCACUCAGGUCAAAAAUAUUAAAGGUGCGCAGUUGAGCUUUCUUGGAAACAAACAAAAGUUAUGUUUCCAUUCAGUGUCACCCACCAAAACACACUGUGUAUCCUUGAGCGCCAAUAAACUAGUUUCAUGCAUUUCAUUCCAUAUUAAACAUCCAGAGGCCCUAAUUUUCCUAAAAGUUUAACUCCUGCCCUGUUAACAUCCAUGUGUAUUUGCGAGCAGUAUUCUUCUUCUCUUCCUUUGCUGGUGAAUUGCUGAAUUUUUGGCACAUUACCACCGCCUGUGGUUGAGUGGAGUAGUGUGAAGCCAUUGGCACCUUGUGUGCUUGCACCAGAAAAAACACAAACACUUCGUUCGUGUAGGGCUGUAGCUAAAGGUGAGUUUCAUUAUCGAUUUCCCUGCUAAGUAUUUACUUGAUUGAAUUUUUCCUACAGCCCCAAGGUGAUGUUACCUAAUGUCUUGUUUAGUCUGACCAAAGGUCUGAAUCCCAAAGUUAUUACAUUUUUCUAUAAUUUUAAAGACAAGCAUACGUAGUAAAUUCUAAGAUUUAAGAAUAUGGAAUCAUCAGAUUUUCUGUCGAUUUAUCGCUGCAGCUCUGCACUCAUGAAGCUCUGCUCCACUCUGUUACUAGUGGUCAAAGACUCCACAGGGUACCAUGAGUUUGUCCAAGACUUUUGUUCACGACCAAAUAUACCUGCGAAAAUAAAGGCAUUCCCAUCAUCCUCGUCAUCCUACUUUUUGUUUAUGGUUAAUUAGCAAUCUACUUGCAAUUGCGAGCAUGUUAGCAUGUAGCGCCUGAGUACAGCCUGUAUAGCGUUGUUUCAGUGUCUCAGGUGGGUCUCUUACCUGCGCAGCGGAACUAGCUGGCAUGUGCAACUCCAAGGGUUGUUGGAGAGGGUGAGGUUGGUGAUGGUGCCAAACUCGAGGCUUUUGGGAAGGGACUUUAGCUUGUUGUUGUCCAGGUGCAGUGAUUUGAUGGCUGUCACUCCAGCAAACGCCCCAUCGGACAACUAGAAAAAGGUAAAGAAAUGCAUAAGUUUGUUGUUUUUCACGUCAGAGCAUUGAAGGGUCCUCACUGGGAAGAAUUCAAAUGAAUCAAUCAGAGUUCUCAGCUUUUAGUGCGUACAGAGUCGUUAAAACAUGGUUCACACCCCGGCAUGCUGACCCACCACCAACAACCGUCCUUGUGUCUGUCAGAAGGCAGACAAAUGCAGAGCGAGGGGGAUCUCGCCAGCGUUUCUCUGGCAUGAAAGCCUCCUCUCAUCCUUCCCUCUGCACCAGCACUUCUGUAAACACUGACAGUCACUGCCCUCCUUUUUUUUGCCUCUUCUUCAUAUGCAUCUGCGAGGGUGCUAAAAGCUUCAGAGAGGUGCUAGAUGAACUGAUUUACGUCGUGUCAGGUUGUGCGUCGUCCAGGAGGAAGAGGAGGGCGGACGGGAGAGGAGCUGGGCUUUGAAGGGUCGUUUAUGUGAGUCUGGAGGAGAUGAGGCUGUUUGGAAAUUUCCACUGUAAAGCAACAAGCAGCUGAAGGCCUGGUAUUUUGAAGCAAUGGAAGAUGGAUCACUUCCAGCAUGGCCGAUGUGUUUUCGCUCUCUCUGUCGUCUCCCUCCUCAGGCCACUCCUCUGCCAGUAAGGCACUCGCAAAGGGCCCAAUUGUCCAUUCAACUAGGGUAAUGGCAAGCUAAAAAUACUCCUCUUCAUGCACCGUGGAACACCCUGCCUCUAUUUACCUGUCUCCUAACCCCUCCUGACCUGUUUACAAGAACCUCCCAGCCAAAGUAGAAAACACACCUCACUGAAAAUAACACUUAUGUAAUAAUUAGACAUGCUUGGCUGAGGCCCAGCAAACAAAAACACUCUAAAAAUACCUGCAUAUGGCUGGAAAACGGCUUAAUCUCGCCGGCCACGUGUGCUGAACUCGCCGUCCCCCGCUGCUUCCACCUGGCUCUCACACAGCCCCAGCAUGAGUGGGGCUGUUAUUUUAAAGAUUUCCCCUUCGGGAUGCCUCCAUGCUGGUGCACGAGUACACUCAAAUAUUGGAAUAACCUCAAGUAUGAAGCAAAAGUGCACUCAGGAAUGCCUGAAAAGUCGCGCGGUGUAACAUAGUGCUUAUACUGUAUACAUUCACACUGAAGCUGUGUGAGAUCCGGAGGAUCUGGGCGUUUCACAGUCAAUAGAGCGACAACAUCUGUCUCAUGUCUGAUAUCUGAACGUCACUGUCUCAGUUUCCACUGAUGAAGAUUUAAAUUCCUGAUCCAGGGUCGAGUUACCACGUAGCAGCCAGACUCUAUAUUUGUCGCGUAAAAACCGUUUAAAAUAAAACUUGGCGAGCUAAAAAAAAAAAAGGAUCAGCAUUCAGUGUCUGGUAGAAGUUUAAUGCUUACGACCAUUUCCAGACACGACCAAAUAUUCUCCAGCUGCCUCACUUGCCGAUAGUUAGAGGGCUGGUAUAAAGUCACAACCAGGAUUCAACAAGUCUGAAAACGUUUUUUACCGGACGACCCUGCAUUGUCCUGCCGGUACCCUCUGCGUCGGCCUCCUUUGCCGUGCCGCCGGACCGGCUCCAUUCAAGUGGAUUUUCCGUGCAGGGCUACUGCGGGUGUGAGCGUGGCCCCAGUGUUGA